CCGUACCCGCGCCACCUUUACCAUCUCUACUCUCUUAAUUUUCUCUCUUCUUCUUUUUUGAUCAAAUCAAAUUUCCAGAAGAUGAUGAAAUUGAACAUCAAUUCCAUUUCCUCCUUCUUCUUCCUGUAUUAAAUUUCACAAAAUCCCACCAACUUCCAUUAUUACAAAUCACAAUUAAUUUUCUCCACCUAACCAACCAAUACCCUCCUCCUCCCUGUCACUUCAAAAACCCUAACUCUAAUCUCUGAUAAUCAUUCAUUCUACAUGUGCAAAACCAAAAUGAAUGUAAAAGAACCAAUCCCACUUUCAUCAAGAAAAUCCUAUCAAAAAUCUAGUUCAUUACCAUCAACUUCAUCAACUAGUAAUCCAUCAACUUCUACUACUAGUAACGCAUUCUCAAGUGACAACAAUCACACAAAUACAUCAUCAGAAUCAAGAACUUCGCGAUCUUCACUAAAGAGUCUAAAAGAUUCAUUACCGGAAACCACACAUAUAUACGAUUUCUCAGAAAUCCGUAAGGCAACAAACAAUUUCUUAGCGAAACGAUUCUCAUCGUCUUCGUCUUCGUCGUCGGCCUCAGUUUGGAAAUGUUUGAUUAGAGGUAAAGAUGUGAUUAUAUUUCAACGUAAAUUUCAUCGUUCGAUUGAUUCGUCGAAACUCCGUGAACGGUUAACGGCGAUUUGUAAGAGUCAUCAUAUUAGUUUGAUUAAGUUGUUAGGUGCUUCGGUUUCUGGGGAUUACAUUUAUUUAGUGUAUGAGUAUGUUAAUGGUGGUAAUCUUAGAGAUUGUCUUCGAAAUAGUAGAAAUCCGGAGUUUACUGUGUUGUCUACAUGGAUGUCUAGAAUGCAGAUUACUGCUGAUGUUGCUCAAGGAAUUGAGUACAUUCAUCAUUUCUCUGGGUUGGAUUUGGCAUUAGUCCAUAAUCAUAUCAAAAGUAGUAGUGUAAUUGUCACGGAGCCUUCGUUUAAUGCGAAAAUAUGUCAUUUCGGAACGUCGGAGCUUUGUGGAGAAAUUAGUGAAAAUAGAGAAGUAAUUCAAUCGUCUGUGGGUGAAAUACAAGAAGAGAUUCAGUCUCUGCCGUCGUCUUCGAAAAUGAGAAGGUCGAAGAGUGUGAAGUUUACAGGGACUAACGGUUAUAUGUCACCGGAGUAUCAACGGAGUGGAAUAGCAACACAAAAGUCAGAUGUGUAUGCAUUUGGUGUAGUGAUUUUAGAACUAUUGUCAGGUGAAGAACCAGUAAAGUUCAAGCUUGAUCAAGGGAGUGGGCAGUAUAGAAGUGUUUCAGUGAUUGAAACAGCUAAGGAAGCAAUUGAAUCGGAGGAUUUUGAGAAAAUUAGGAGAUGGAUUGAUAGAAGAUUGAAGGAUUCAUUUCCUGUGGACAUUGCUGAGAGAUUAACUCGUGUAGCGUUAGAAUGUGUACAUGCUGAAGCCGAUAAGCGUCCGGAUAUGAGACGUGUCUCAGGUAAGAUUUCGAAGCUUUAUUUGGAGUCUAUGAAAUGGAAAGAUAAGAUGGGCACUCCUAUGGAUUUUACUAUGUCAUUGGUAGCUCGCUAGGGAAACAAUUCAACACUACGGAAAAUAUGAUACUAAAGCAAUGUCUUUGGUUUUUCCAGUGGAUAUAAUUUUGUCCGUUAACUUCAAACCACGUCCCAGAAAGAUUUCGUCGGAAAAAUUUGGAGUUUUUUGUUCCUGCAAUGAACAGUGGUAGUCAAAUAGAAGAAUGAAAUUCUGCAAGUAUAAAAUUUGGAGCAUCAGCAAAUCUGCAGCUAUUACUUUUUUUUUUCAUUUUUGAAUUCGAAUUUAGUUGUUGAUGCUGCUAUUGAAUGAGACACAACUGUAAACUAACAAAAACAAUAAUUAACACUGUCUAUUCUCUUUAAAAUAUUCUAAUGGAAUGGACUCUGGACAAAUUCAAAACAUCUCAAGUGUUCAUCUUCCUAAUUUCUCUUUGUUUAAGAUGGCU